GGUUAUAUCAAAGAGUUACUUUCUCCAGGACCUGUAAUAACGUUCUGUACAAAUGUGGACAAACAGUCAAAAAGAUGUCCUAGAAAGUCAUCUGAACGGAUCUGGUGGACAGAACUUCGUAAAUAACAGCAGCAGUUUAAGCUCAUACGCAACGUUCAAUGAUUCUGAAUCGAGUCCAAUCCUUGAACCGAGAGACCCAAAAUUUGGUACUAAACUAUGGCCAUCAAAAACGGGCCUUAAUUGUCCAAUUUGUCAGCAUGAUUUCUGCUUUAGCAUGCUUUUGUGUACUACUGAACAAGAACAAAAUGGCUUAACAGAAAACUCUAUGAAAGUAAUUCGUGAUUUGCAUUCUAGACUUCAUGGUGUUUCACUUGAAUGUACCGUUCUGAGGUCAGAACUUGAAGUUCUUUACAAGGCAUUUAAUUCAAAGUGUCAGGCAGUCAAGAUUUUAACGAAUAAUAAAUUUCAGUCAUCUGAUGAAAAUGGUCAAACGCGAAGUACUGUUUACGCUUCAACUGUUGAAUUGGAAAAGGAAAUAAACAAACUGAAAAUAGACCUUGAAUUAAGUAAAGGUGCUCUGUUAUCACAACAGCAGUCGUCUAAAGCAAAAGUUCAACAAUUAAAUAAUGAAAAUGGAAAUUUAAGAAGACAAUUGGAAAAUUUACAACUUAAAACUGGACAAUUAUUAGAAGAAAAUAUGCAUCUUCUACAGAAGAACACAAUGUUAGUCUGUUCACCUACAUAUGAAGAACGAGUAGAAAAACCACCUGAAAUAACCAAUUUAGAUAAAAGUACCAAGUUUUAUCUGAAUAAAAAUUCACUGGAGAAGUUAGCUGAUCAAAAGGUUCCACUUACAUCAGAAGGCAUUCUUUAUGUACUAGAAAAUCAAAUUAAAUCACAAUUUCAUGAUAAAAGAACUUCAUUGCCUGAAAUAAAAACAAAUUUAAAAGAUGCUUCUAUUUCUCAGAAUGGAUUCCAAUUAUUUUUCAGUCGUUUACGUCCAUCUAAAUUAGAUAAGAUUUUAAACGUUCAACAACAACAAGAACGGUCUCAUAAAUCUUUUUAUAUUGAAAAAGAUAGUCAGUGCGAUUUUAGUUCAUUCAUUCAUCAAAGUCCCGGUAUUCGUGAAAUCUCUAUCCCUUUAAAAUGUUUGUGUGUAAAUGAUUCAGAUGAAGUUUGCGAAUGCGCUCGAACUACUGUUAAUGUUCAACGACAACUUUUACAGUAUAGGUGCCAGCUUUCUGAAAUGACAAAAAAAAUCAAACAACUUGAACUAUCUGAGGAUGCCCAUCGACAUGCAUUAAAAGAACAAUACGAAAGAAACAAACACAUGUCUGUUCAACUUACCGGAAUUCUCCCAUACACAUCUGAAGAAUUAUUGAACUCUCCAAAUUAUGCAUUAUCUUCUCCGUGUACAUCAACAGUAAGGAAUUCACUCGGAAAAUUUGAUUCCACAAAAAAUAAUUCAACAGUUUCACAAACAUUAUCCUCUACAGAAUCGUUUCAUAAUUUAUUAUUAUGGUUUCAUAAAAUUUUAAAAGUAAUUUCAAUUUCAUUGAAAAGUUUAUCAUCGUCUGAUAAUCAAUUAAUAUUUGAUCAAGAUAAAAAUAAUUAUAAUGUCAUGGAAUCUAUACACCGUAAAUCGAAAUCUCCAACAUAUAUUAAAAUGUCUACUGGUAAUUCUAUGUCGGAAUGUUUAACACUAUACAAUGAAUCAAAUCGAUGUCAAUAUGAUAAAAAUGCUUCAAUAGAUGGAAUUAAUAAAUUACGUGAUGUUUCAAAUAAAGAACAAAUUAGUUUGGCUACAAAACGAAAAAUAAGUUUGAAAAGCGUUAAGUCUAUAUGCAAUUCUAUGCUAUCACAAUUAGACGAUCUAACUAUAAGUGAUAAACUUAUUACUUCAGAUAAUCAUAUAAAGGGAAUAAAUGAUGAACCGAUUGUACAAAAUCAAACAGUUUAUCCACGUAAAAUUUCCAGAUCAUCUUCUAUUCAUGCAAAACAACUUAAGUCUCGAUGUCGAUCAAUGGAACAUGUUUCAUCGCCGAAAUUUUCUGAGGACGAAAAUAUAAAUACCAUGUUACUGUAUCAGCUUUUACUUCAGCAGUAGUAAAACAUUUUAUUAGAAGGAAUCUCCUCGUCGCCCAGUAGAUGAACAAACUUCUACUCACUAAAUUUCCAUAAAUAACUACUACCUGGUUCAAAUUUGAAGAGGAAUUUCACGUUGUAACUGUAUAUUCGAAAUGGUAUUAUUGUGAAUAAUGUUCACCGAUAGCAAAAAAGGGGUGUGCCUAAGUAUUUUCCUUUGUUUUCUAAAAAAACAUUUUUCUUUGUAGUUGUAGAUACAGCGUACACAGUACUUCAAUUUUUGCAAUUUUAUCACAAAUUAACUAACACGAUCGCUGUAGUAGUCCAGUAGUAUAUCACAGUUAUGAGAAAUACCUUGCAAAUAUAUGAUGGUCAGAAAUAUACUUGUUUAGAAAUGUCCAUAAUUUGACAAGGAAGGAGAUAGCUGAACAUGAAUAAAAGCCAGAAACCUCCAUAGAAUAUUUCAGUCUUGCUUUAAGUUUAUUCAGGCACUUAAAUAUAAUAAAAAUACAACAGAUUGUUUUGAAAUAUAUAUGAAAUUAAACCAUAAAAUAACCCACUUAGAAUGGGUACGCACUUUUUUAUCCUGACAAAAAUAUUAUAAACUGAUCAGUAUAUGAGUUGGUACACAUUCAAUAUUUAUAUAAAGUACCCCACUAAUCUACAUCACAGGUAGGAUUAAAGCAGAUGACCUCAUACAUGUAUCACUUUAUAAUAUUUCUAUUGCUAAAAAUUAACUUCUACAAAAGAAAAGUGACUUCUGCAUGCGUCCUCUUAAUAACUAUGAAGCUUAUGGUAAGGAUGAAUAUACUAAUUUCUAUUACCUUAAUUUUUACUGAAAGGUUGUGUAUUCUAAUGUGCUAACUAGCUGAAAUGAGGAAAACCUACCGAUUGAUAGUAAACAUAUUGGAUUAAAAGCUGAGUCAAUAACACUGGUGGCUACAUCGUAAAUCUAUCAACAGAAUUAGAUAAGCUCAUAGAAAUAGAUGUAUAUGACACUAGUUUUUUACUCAAUAACAUUCUAUCCUAAAACUUAAACCAUCUAUAAUAGUUCCUAAGGAUCUAGUUUUUUUUUUGGCACCACGUAAAAAUAUUCGUUUUUCUCAAGGUUUUCCCAAAAAUAUAUUUAGUAGUUUAUCCAGUCACUUUUGAAAGUGCACUUCAUUGAAUACGUUUUACCACUUAUAUUUUGGCAAUGAAUAAAAUAUGUAUGUGCCCAUUUAUCUCAUUAAUGAGAUAAACGUAGUUCGAAAUGGAGGAAUUUGAUAUGUUUCAGUCCGAGAUAUAAAAUCUUUUCAAAUCUAGCUUGCACCACGUAAGAUUACUUCUUUUUAAAAUUAGCGUUUCAACGAGUUUUAGAAUAGAGUUUUUUUCCUAUUCAUUCAAAUAUAUAGAUGAACAAUGUUGCAGAACUUAUCGAGAAACAAAAUCUAAUAUGUGACAAACGUGUUCGCCGUUCAUCUUCGGUCGUUACAUGAAAUUAUUAACAAGCAAUUCAGUUGGUUUCCUUCUCUAAUGAAAACCGAUUAACAAGUAGUUCCUCAUUACUUAAAUUCUGCAAGACUUUAUGUAUAUCACUUCAUUAUUUGCUAAUAAAUGUGUUUCUUAUUCUU